CCUGCCUCCGAUGACAUCACCAGAGCCGCUGCUGAACGCGACGCGGGGUUGAGUGCCGCCGCAGUCACGCGCUGUAGGGCGCGAGCGAUGCGGAGCGACGCUUCAGUCAUUCACCCGCACGAUCCGUCCGCGCGCGCGCUCCCCGGGCAAACACGGCCACGACAUGGCAGAGAGGAGCAGAGGAAAGCGGAGGAAACAGGCGAACCCGCGGAGAAACCAAGGUGAGCCGGAGCGCUGUCUGGGCUCUGAGGGCGAGGAUGAGGGCAGUGUUUGGGGGAUGGAGGUUCUGGACAGCAGAGAUGCUCAAGAUAAAGUCAGUCUGACGCCCAGCGAGGGCACGGAGCCCGGCAGUCCUGUCCCGUGUGCGGAGAUCUGGGCCGACACCGAAAGCACACCGCUGAAAACCCCAGCCGCAGACCCUGAACACUGUCAGACUGACGCUCGAGUGAUGGACGGCGCGCCGCAUUUCGACACCGUGGUGCAGCUGAGGAAAGUAUCGCGCCUGCAACAGCACAACGGAGUCGUGAGCUCGUACCAUUUAGACGACGCUCAGGGCGAGAUGUCGCCCGUCUGCUGUUCACCAGGAGAACACGAGUCACCCGAGGGCAAAGACGGUGUACAGGCGUCUCUGCGGGAACAUGUGAAGUUCUGUCAGGACAGGGAUGGAGGAGACAGUGUGUGUCCUCUGUGUGGAUACAGUACACCGCAUCGCGCUCAGAUGGAGCAUCACUUAACCCUCCACAGCCAGACAAACCAAAAGAGCCCCAUGUCCGAGUCCGGUUUGGAAAACAGGAAGUUCAAGUGUAAUCAGUGUGGAAAGGCUUUUAAAUACAAGCAUCACCUCAAAGAGCACCUGCGCAUUCACAGCGGUGAGAAGCCGUACGAAUGCUCGAGCUGUAAGAAGCGUUUCAGUCACUCGGGCUCCUACAGCUCACACCUCAGCAGUAAGAAGUGCCUUAGCGGCGGCACGCUGGGAAACGGAGCUCAUUAUAACGGGUACCUCUUCCCGUCGCCCACAUCGCCCCCUGCUGUCGGCGGGAGGAACAGCAGCCGAGGGAAGAGAUCUCUGUAUGGGCCGCUGGCUCAGUUCCCCCUAGAGUCGUCUGUUCCCGUCCUGAGCCGGUCGUGGGACCCGGCGGAGGAUCUGGCACUCAGGGCGGGCGUGUUUAAGGGCACCACGCUGCUGCCGCUGCUACAGUCACGCAGCAAAUUCGAGCAUCUGCUGCAGGAGAUGCUGCGGAGGGAGGUGGGAGAUGAGAAACAAGCAAAGAACAACCCUCGGGCGAACAAUGACACCCAGACGUCGCCCACCACCAAUCACUCGCCCUAUAGAGAGCUCUCGCCACCACAGCGAACAUCCUGGCAUUCUGUGCCACAGCAGAUCCUCGUGCCUUUACCGCCCCCAGCGCAGCUGGAUAACUGCUGGCCGAGCGAAGAAAGCGUUAGUCCGAUGUCACCCGCUUUACCUGAACGCCAGCAUCUGAUUGGCUUGCGCUUCGGCUCUCCUCCAAGGGUGGACCCGUCAAUCAACACAUCACCACGGCAACCAAACCAUAUUCAAAGCGAGCCUUUAGAUUUGUCAAUUCCUAAACUGCAUUCGGUCAAUGUCGCACCGCGAAAUCCGGCGUGUAACGGCUACUCGCUGCACCACGACAGACGCGACGACGAGGGCGUGUUCACGAGACUGACUCCACCCUCCCAGCUGCAUGUGGGCGGGGCUUAUGCGGCGUCGCCGCUGUUCAGCAGCACAUUGUUCAGCAGCUUCCCGGUCUUAAAUCACAUGAUCCCUACCGGUCUGGGACACAACACUCUGACAUCACUUCCUCUCACGCCAACCUCGCCAAAUACGGGCUUCCUGUCUCCAGUGGCGUAUAUGGUGGAGGCGGAGUCAGAAUCAAUGCUGAAGAGAAUACAACAGGAAAAACAUUCAAUCAUGACUGAAGCGCUGAGCCGCGGCGCUCUGGAGUAUCUGUGUCUGAUGGAUGAUGGGAUGGAUGGAGAGAUCGGUCCUGGGAGGAAGAGGCUGAGGAAGACGGAGGAAGGACUGUACGCCUGCGACAUCUGCGACAAAACCUUCCAGAAGAGCAGCUCUCUGCUGCGCCAUAAAUAUGAGCACACAGGGAAGAGACCUCACGAGUGUCAGAUCUGUAAGAAGGCGUUCAAACACAAGCAUCAUCUGAUUGAACACAGCCGGCUGCACUCCGGAGAGAAGCCGUAUCAGUGCGACAAGUGCGGCAAACGCUUCUCGCACUCGGGCUCGUACUCGCAGCACAUGAACCACCGCUACGCCUUCUGCAGCCGCGACAGCGACCCGGACGCCGAUCCCCACCAGAGCCCCAUCACAGAGCCACACGACUGCAGCUCGGAGGACGAGAACACACUCCGCACAAACACUUAUGAGAGAGACGAGCCCACAGACGGAGAGCAGAGUCCCGAGGGAGACCAGACGGUCCUUCAGUGCUCACCAAAGAUGUGA